AUGGGUACCAUCCCAAUCCCCGGUCCACGAGGCCUACCCCUUUUUGGAAGCUUAUUCAGCUUAGGCCACGGCUUAGCCCAUCGCACCCUUGCUUGCAUGGCGUCAAGCCAAGCCGCUACUCAGCUCAUGGCUUUUAGCUUAGGCUCCACACCUGCCAUUGUUACCUCUGACCCGCAAAUUGCCCGUGAAAUCUUGACCUCUCCUCACUUCGCUGACCGUCCCAUCAAGCUAUCGGCUAAAAGCCUUAUGUUUAGCCGAGCCAUCGGUUUUGCCCCAAACGGGGCUUAUUGGCGCCUCCUUAGAAGAAUUGCGUCAACUCAUUUAUUUGCACCAAGGCGCAUAGCGGCUCAUGAACCGUUGCGCCAGCUUGAUUGUGCUAAUAUGUUGAGUGGCAUUUAUACUGAAAAAUCACUCCAUGGGGUUGUUUAUUUGCGUGAACAUCUACAAAAUGCUUCUCUUAAUAACAUUAUGGGUACCGUUUUUGGCAAAAGAUAUGACUUAAUGCAAUAUAAUGAGGAGGCUAAAGAAUUGCAAGAGCUUGUUAGAGAAGGGUUUGAGCUCCUGGGUGCUUUUAAUUGGUCUGAUUAUCUCCCGUGGCUGAAUUACUUUUAUGACCCUUUUCGCAUGAAACAACGAUGCUUUCUUCUUGUUCAUCUAGUGAAGAAACUCGUUAAGCAAAUCAUUGAAGAACAUAAAAUGACGAAGCCUAAAAAUGUCAUCGAUAAUGCUGAUUUCGUCGAUGUUUUGCUUUCUUUGGAGGGUGAAGAGAGAUUGGAAGAGGAUGAUAUGGUUGCCGUCUUAUGGGUUAGUAUUUACUAA